AUGGAUUCCAUUUUGGACGAUGAUUCUUUUCACGAGGAUGAGGGCGGUAGCUCCGACUUCGUGCCCGACGAGGCCCCUAAACCAAAGGCUAAGGCCAAGGCAUCGAAACCAGCCGCGAGCAAAACCAAGAAAUUAACACAAACUACUUUCAAGGCAAAACCGGCAGCCAAGGCCACAAAGAAGAAAGCGAGAGCCACUCCUGAGAACGAGGAAUCGGGUCACGAAGAUAUCGACGACUUCAUAGAUUCUGUCAUGUCAACUACACCCCCCAGCAAACCGAAGACAAAGAAAGCGCCCGCUAAAAAGGCCGCAUCGAAACCGCUAGCUGAUGUUGAAAACGAAUCAUUCGGCCUGGAUGGCGCUGACGAAGUCGAGACAUCCAAACCACCCAAAGAUACCGGGGCUGCGGACAAGUACCAAAAGCUCACUCAACUCGAACAUAUUAUCAAGCGUCCUGAUACGUAUAUCGGAUCUAUCGAAAAGACCACCCAGUCAAUGUGGGUCUACGACUCGACGUCAGAAUCGAUGGAUUACCGCGAGGUCACCUUCGUCCCUGGCUUGUACAAAAUUUUCGAUGAAAUUGUCGUGAACGCCGCAGACAACAAGCAAAAUGACAAUAACAUGGACGAAAUCAAAAUUACGAUAGACCGAGAAUCCGGUCAGAUCAGUGUCUGGAACAACGGACGCGGUAUUCCUAUCGAAAUUCACUCGAAAGAAAAAAUAUAUGUUCCUGAGCUUAUCUUCGGUCAUUUGUUGACUUCCUCGAAUUAUGACGACGGGCAAAUGAAGGUGACCGGUGGUCGAAAUGGGUUUGGUGCCAAAUUAUGUAACGUCUUCUCGACGGAAUUCAGCAUCGAAACUUAUGACUCGCGUCAAAAGAGAAAGUAUCAACAGACAUGGACCGAUAACAUGAGCAAGAUGGGCAAAGCCAAGAUUACAGAAUGCAAAGGCGAUGACUACACCAAAGUCACUUUCAAGCCUGACUACAAAAGGUUUGGCAUGGAAGGCAUGGAUGACGACUUUGAAGCCCUUGUCAAGCGCCGUGUUUAUGAUUUAGCUGGCACUGCCAAAGUUGCAGUCAGGCUGAACGGAACUCGGAUCCCUGUACGCAACUUCAAAAAAUACAUGGAGAUGUACACCAAGGCUAUCAAAAAGGAACGUGGCGAAGAGGCGGCAAAUGAUAAAAGCGAGAUAGUCACAGCUAGCCCCGAUCCUCGAUGGGAGGUUGGAUUUGCUGUGUCUGAUGGGUCUUUCCAACAAGUCUCGUUCGUGAACUCCAUUGCGACUACCUCCGGUGGUAGUCAUGUGAACUACAUUGCGGAUCAAAUCUGUAAUAAACUUGCAGAAGUCGUGAAGAAAAGGAAUAAACAAGGUGCUACACUGAAAGCAUCUCAGAUACGCAACCAUAUAUUCGUCUUCGUGAACGCAUUAAUUGUGAACCCUGCAUUCACAUCCCAGACCAAGGAGCAGCUGACUACUAAACCAAGUCAAUUUGGCAGCAAAUGCGUCUUGGAUGAAGACUUUUACAAGAAAGUUUUGAAAACCGAAGUCAUGACAAAUAUCCUACACUUCGCUGAAAAGAAGGCGGAUCAGUUGCUCAAGAAGACGGAUGGAAGCCGACGAUCGCGCAUGAAUAACCCCAAGCUUACCGAUGCCAACAAAGCUGGCACCAAGGAUGGCCAUCAUUGCACGCUGAUCUUGACAGAAGGUGAUUCCGCCAAAGGUUUAGCUAUGGCUGGUCGUGCUGUCGUUGGUCCCGACUUAUUCGGUGUUUUCCCUCUUCGUGGAAAGCUUCUUAAUGUUCGAGACGCAUCAAUUGAUCAAAUAUCCAAGAAUGCUGAAAUUCAAAACAUCAAGAACUUCCUGGGUUUACAGCACAAGAAAGAGUAUACUGAUACUCGCGGCCUGCGAUAUGGCCAUCUUAUGAUCAUGACUGAUCAGGAUCAUGAUGGAAGCCAUAUUAAAGGUUUGCUUAUCAACUUUCUUCAAGUACAGUUUCCCAGUUUACUCAAGAUCCCUGAAUUUCUCAUUGAGUUUAUCACUCCAAUCGUGAAAGUGUGGAAGGGAGAUCCAAAAAACCCAAGCAAGUCAAAAUCUUUUUUCACCAUGCCUGAAUAUGAACAGUGGAAGGAGGAAAACGUACAUGACCGCGCCUGGCAACAUAAGUACUACAAGGGUUUGGGUACCAGCACAACAGAAGAUGCUCAAAUUUACUUCCGAGAUUUGGACCGACACUUGAAAGAGUUCCAUACCAUGCAGGACAACGAAGCUCAGCUCAUUGACCUGGCUUUCUCAAAGAAAAAGGCCGAUGAGCGAAAGGAAUGGCUGCGCCAAUUCAAGCCUGGCACGUAUCUUGACCAUUCAGCCAAGCAGAUAACAUACACGGAUUUUAUCAACAAAGAGUUGAUUCUGUUUAGUAUGGCUGACAACCAGCGGUCCAUUCCUUCGGUUGUCGAUGGCCUCAAGCCGGGUCAACGUAAGGUCUUGUAUACUUGUUUCAAACGCAAUAUCAAGAAGGAUAUGAAAGUCGUCGAGUUGGCAGGUCACGUUUCUGGUAUGACGGCUUAUCAACACGGUGAUGCCUCCUUGCAGCAGACAAUCGUUGGUUUGGCCCAGACUUUUGUUGGCUCCAAUAAUCUCAACUGCUUGGAACCUAGUGGUAACUUCGGUAGUCGUCUUCAGGGUGGUUCUGACUGUGCCAGUGCACGUUAUAUCUACACUCGACUGUCGCCAUUUGCGAGACGUGUAUUCCACCAGAGUGAUGAGCCGCUUCUCAAUUACAAUGAGGACGACGGAGAGAAAAUUGAGCCUGAGCUCUACGUGCCAGUAGUUCCAUUGAUCUUGAUAAAUGGUGCCGAUGGUAUCGGUACAGGUUGGAGUUCGUCGAUUCCUAAUUACAACCCAGAGGACAUCGUUUCCAACCUGAAGCGUAUGAUGGACGGAGAAGAGCCUGAACCCAUGCAACCUUGGUUCCGCGGUUUCACUGGUGAAGUAACUCCUCAAGGCCCUGAUCGAUUCAAAUUCAGUGGCAUUAUCAAGGAAACGGGGGAUAAGGAAGUGGAAAUUACCGAACUUCCAAUUCGGACAUGGACUCAGGACUUCAAAGAUAAACUAGAGGAUAUCAUCAAAGCCGACAAGACGCCGUCCUUUAUUAAGGAUUACAAAGACUAUAAUACCCACACCAAAGUCCACUUCGUAAUUCAGCUGGACGAGAAGAAUAUGAAAACUGCCUUGUCAGAAGGGUUGGAAGAGAAGUUCAAGCUUUCGAGGACCAUUGCGACGACAAAUUUGGUGGCCUUUGACCCAGAAGGUCGCAUUACGAAGUACGCUACGGUCAAUGACAUUUUGAAGGAGUUUUUCACUGUCCGCCUCAAAUUUUACGAGAAGCGCAAGCAACACCAGCUGUCAGAAAUGCAGAAGGAAUUGGACAAGUUUACCAAUCAGGCGCGGUUCGUGCAAAUGAUUAUCGAUGGGAAACUUGUUAUUUCUAAGAAAAAGAAGGCUCUCCUGAUUUCGGAGUUGAAGGAGAAAGGAUUUAAGGCGUUCCCAAAAGUCUCCGAUGCCGUCAAAGCUGGUGAAUCAGAACAAGUUGUGGAAGAAGGAGAGGAGGAGGUUAACACCGAGGUGGCUUCGAAUGCUUAUGAUUACUUGCUAGGGAUGCCUAUUUGGUCUUUGACGCAAGAACGUGUUGAAAAGCUCCUUCGCAUGAUCGGGGAUAAGGAGCUCGAGAUUGAUAAUCUGAUUAAACUUUCAAAGGAAGAUAUUUGGCGUCAGGAUCUUGACGACUUUAUCAAUCAAUGGCGUUUUGAACUAGAUGAAGAGCAUCGCCGUGCGAGAAAGGUAGCAGGUAUGGGUCGUCGCCAAUCUGCUAAGCUCAUGACCGCAUCUUCGAAGGGACCAGCCAAAAAGCGCAAGGCCGCUGAUGACGAUGAUGACUAUGCUGCACCAAAGAGCAAAAAGGCCACUACAAGCAAGAAACCUGAGCCAAAGGGAAGUCUUCUCAGUUAUCUCAAAAGCUCUCCACAGCCAAAGAAGACAACUCAACAAGACGACGUGGAUGAUGAUAUGGAUCUUGACGAUGACUUUGUAGCCGAAGUCCUUCCAAAAAAGAGCCGUGCAGCUCCAAAAUCUCAAGAAGCCCCGAAGAGGGAAAAGGAAGAUGACGAAGAUGACGAUCUUCUUGAGAUACCUGCUGUAAAGGCCAAGUCACAAACUGUAUCAAAGCCCGAUAAAAAAGCAGCAGCAGAAGAGCCCAAGGCUCGUAAGACGAUCAAAAAACCGGCGAAGUACGUUGAAGCAAGCGAAUCAGACAGCGAGUUUGGAGACGACCUCCUGGAUGACGUGAGCAAAAUGGUCAAGGGCAUUGGGAAUUCCAAUGGAAAGGCUCUCAUUUCCGAAUUAUCCAAACCUGGAACAAGUGCAAAUUUGAAAGCCUCUAGUGCGAAAACGUCCAAGUUUGAUAACGAAUUCGAUCCUGACGAGACAGACUACACGAAGCUUGUCCCACAGCAGUCGCCUCGUCGUUCACUCCUUGUUAAGCAAAAGGAAAAAGUAGCAGACAAUGACGAUGAUGACGAAUCAAUGAAACCAGCAACUAAAUCAAAGCCAGCAACCAAGACCAAGUCAACUGCGAGCAGCACCACUGCCGCAAAGCCUCGUGGACGCCCGAAGAAAGAUACUGCUUCGGCUCCGGCACCUAAGAAGGCGCAACCUGCCGCCAAAGGAAGGGGUAAAAAGAAGGUCGUAGAAGACUCCGACGAUGACAUUGAUGCUAUGGCUAACGACAUUCUUGACUCCGACGGUGGAGUUGACUUGGACGAUGAGCCUCCCAAGGCCCGCCCAUCUCGUCGAGCUGCCUCCACUAAGAAAAAGACCUAUGUGAUCGAUGAUGAUAGUGAAAUGGACGAGCUAGUUGGUGGUGACGAUUCUGCGGAUGUCUUUGACGAUUCCGAGUGA